UCCUGUGCCGGGUAGGACCCUGGCUUUUCAGACUUGUAGGGGGCUUCUGUAGGCCCACUCGUUAACACUCGCUAAAGCACGUUUCCUCCGGUGUGAUGCCUGGUGCCCCAACAGCAGAGAGCCCCUUGCCAGCAGGCUCUGAGGAUGGUUCUGGAAGAAGACACUGGGGGCUGUGGAUCACAGCUGGCAUUGGUGGCACCCUGGUGGCAUUGUAUGCUGUUGUCACCCCCUUUGUGGUUCCGGCUCUGAGGAGAGUCUGCCUGCCCUUCGUUCCUGCAACUUCAGCUCAGAUCGAGAACGUCCUGAAGAUGUUACAAGGCAGAAGAGGCUCUGUAGUUGACAUUGGUAGUGGGGAUGGCCGUAUUGUGAUAGCAGCUGCAAAAAGGGGAUUUGAAGCUGUUGGUUAUGAGUUAAAUCCCUGGUUAGUCUGGUACUCCAGAUACCGUGCCUGGAGGGACGGGGUACAUCACAAUGCCAAGUUUUAUAUUUCAGAUUUAUGGAAGGUUUCUUUUUCACGUUAUACAAAUGUUGUUGUUUUUGGGGUACCUCAAAUGAUGCCAGAGCUGGAGAAGAAGCUCAAAGAAGAACUUGAAUGUAAUGCCAGAAUCAUUGCUUGUCGUUUUCCAUUUCCAUGCUGGAUCCCAGAUCAUACAACUGGAGAGGGAAUAGACACUGUAUGGGCCUAUGAUUUGAAACAUUCUGGAGGAUUUGAAGCAAGAAGCUUGAAAAUUACACCAGAAAGAGAAUCUUGAACAUCCAGUGUAUUUAUGUACUGAAAUUUUCAGCUUUGACUUCGUUUGUUAGAUGAUAAGUGUAAUGCAACAUAUACCUCAGGGUAUGGAGGGCUAUAUUCUCUAAAAUGAUGGGGAGUACACUGAUUAUUUGAAAACACAAAAAGGUGGAGUUAAAGGAUGUAAUGUGGUUGAUAAAAGAAUGAGAAAUCGUUACAGAAAUCAAUGACUGUGAUAUGGAAAAUGGAGUAAAACAAGGUAUAGUAAUGCCAAGGGAAACAUGUAAGUUCAAAUACUUGAAUUCGCUAACCUAAAAUGUGUAUUCUUUUUGAUUCUUUGUAGCAUUUGCUACUGUUUUUGGGGAUGGUGUGCCAUUGGCUUCUCAAAUGAGCCGUAGUUCCCAAAUGUCUUCAUUAGGUAAACUAAACAAGCAUAAUCAAUAUACAUCAUACAUCAAACUAUGCAAACCGAGUGUGAAGAUGCUGGUAUUUUGCACUUCAGCCAUAAAUGUGUGUUUUUAAAUGGGAUAUGAUGCAACAAGCAAAUAUGAGUAUAUUCAUUAACAGAAUUGCAUCCCUUCAUUAUGAUUGUGCAUCUUUAUUUCUAUGGAGACAAAAUUGCAGGAAUGAGCUCUUGUUGGCAUAGGUAUUUGCAGAUGACCCUGAUUUUUUGUCCUAAGGUCUCUGAUUUGGGAAAGAUUUCACAAGUCAUCUACUUGGCCAUGAACAGUCACACCUCUGAUGUGUCCAAACCUUGGAAAAGGCAUGUGUGAAACUUGCUUACUUGGGUGCAUUGGGAAGACAAUCUCUGAUUCCAGAGGAAGUUGGUCUGGCUAGCUUCAUUAAAUCUGAGUAGACCCGAUCUGAUUUAUAGUGAAAUGAGCAAUGAGUUUUCCAAUUGGGCUUAUUUUUACUCUGAGCUGUUGUAUCUGAGAUUCUGCAGAAUCGUGGCAUCAUUGCUCAGCUUUUCCUUGGAAGUGAAGCCAAGUUCUCUCUUUCACUCUCACUGAUAGUGAUUUGCAGUGGGGAGCUAUCACUGCUGUAAGGUUGUUCUUUUCUAACAUGGUAGCAUGGUUACAGCACUUCUGUUUUGUAACAUUCUGCUUACUUGAUUUUUCUUUUGGUUCCUGGGUAAAGUUUGGCCAUCUUCUCCAAUUAACAAUGAAUGAAAAUAAGAUAUAGCCUACCUUGGCCCCAUUAUAAAACAACAGAAUGGCUGCAAGGGGCUUCCAAAGGUAAUCUAGUUCAAUCCUGAUCAAGCAGGAGUGGCUAGUCAGUUGCCCAGGGUUGUGUCAGUCAGCUUCUGAAUUUCUCUGAGGAGGAAGACUUUGCUAUGUAGUGACCAUGUAAGUUUGUCAGACCUCUGCGUGUGGGAUAUCUGUAGAACUAAGGUAGAACAAGUUAGGAAUUUGUUUCCUGACCAGACACUGCUUUUUGGGUCAACAAAAAACCUGUGAUGUUUCAUUAGCAGUUGAAAGGUGUAUUUCUUGGACUUGCAGUAUCUGACUUGAAAAUAAAUGGUACAGUAGAAUCUCAUGUACACAAAAAGAAGAAAGGAGCAAAUGUAUGUGCUGGAUCCUGCAAUGGAAAGGAUGAUGGCAGUCUUACAUAUGGUCAAGUGCAGCUGUGAACAUCAAGACUAUCUCUUGAAGAAUACUUAUUACUGGUGAACCAUCUCUUACAGCAUUUCACUACAGUGUCGCAUUAGUAGAUCUUAUUAAACUGCACUAAACUCUUUCAACGUUAUUUAAGAGAUGUAAGUAUUGCAGUGAUAGGACUGGGCUACAAUGGCUUACCUAAAAUGUCUGUGUUUAAUUUAAUAUCCAUUUAAUGGCCAUAAAACUAGUAUCUCAAAGGAUGUCUGAAACUAUUUCUACUAAAAUAGACUAUACAGAAGGGAUGUUAGCUAACCGAGCCAGGAGUCCUUUCCUGAAUAUUUGUAAAGAAGAAGCAAAAGAUUUUGAUAAAGUAAGGUGUGACUCACCUGUCAUGCUUUGCUUUGACGCAUCUUUCUGCUACUUGCUUUCACUGACAUUCACUCAGGUUAGAUUGCCUGGAAUGAAGCAGAUAUAUUGUGCCUUGUGUUUGGCUAUGUAUUUGUCUAUUGUGUUAACACAUAAAUCUGAUUUUCUCAGUUCUGCUUUAAAGACUCUGGUGUGGACUUCUUAGUUAUCAGCUACUGCUCCAGAAAUACUUGUUGAAGAGAGUGAGGUGGAAUUAAUGAUGUGGUGGCAUGAGCUUUAAGAACAUUUAGUGCUGUUCUCAAGGCGAGGAGGAAUUUAUGAUUGCUUUUAAAGCAAAGCAGAGGCCUGUUUCUUACUCUAGACAUAUACCUUUUGUUAAGGGUCUACACUCAAAUAAGCAGUGGUCUACAGGGUUUUUAUUCCUUAUUUUAUUAAGGAAUGCAUUUCUUGUUUUAUGGCUGAAGUGCAAAACAGAAAGCGAAUUGCUCUGAUUUAUACAGGGAACCUGAGAAAGCAUUUUUUUUAAUGUCAUUUUCAGUUUUCCCAAUCACUUACUAGAAUUUAAUCAAGUAAGGUAUCAAAUGAGCAUAACCAUGGCUUCAGUUUUCACUGUAUGAAUUAUAUUGCUACACUUCCAAUUGCUCAGAUAAUUAUGAUUUCAUUGAUGUGCUGCUUCAAAGUACCAAUUUGUUACUUUUGAAAACUAAAAAAGCCUUAGAGAACUGGCUUAAUCAAAUUAUAGUGCCAGUCUAAAGCCACAAGAAGGAAACCCCCAAGCUAUGCAUGCUGCUGUUUAAAAUUAAGGUAAUUCAGAUGCACAGAGGAAAAAAAUAAAACACAAAACAAUAGUUUAUCUUUGAUUGUUUUCUAGUAGAAUCACCUGAGUUUUGGGAGCUACUUGUCCUGACGUAUCUUAGCAGAAAAGGAAUGUUGCUGCAUUGCCAAAUGAGUAAUGCUUUACUGAAAUUCAGUAGAACUUGAUCUGUGUGAAAAUAAAUGAUAGUUCUUUGGGCAGUGGUUUGAUUACAAGAGUGCCAUCUGAUAUGCACGUUGCUUGGUGUAUGCUGCACAGUCAGUAUGGCUACUCCAGUCUCAACCAAGCUUGUCCAGAUUUGUGUAUUUGUUGAGCCCUAGGCAUUUCUGUAUUACUUGGUGUUUUUAAGUUCUUGACUUACCCUUUGGAGUGUGAUAAUAUGCUGUCAUUUAAUCUAAUACUGUUCCAAAGAAGCUCAUCCUCCAUCUCUGCAUUGCUACUUAUUUGUAACUCGUAAACUGUAGCCAGGUAAGGAGAUGCAAAAUCAAAGUAGUGCAUUUCAAAAAAGGUAGGGGAAUGAGUAUUAUCAUUGGGGAAAACACUUCCAGGGCCCAGGCUUAGGGAAAGUCUUUUAACUUUAAUAAAGGAUAUGUCUCAUGAGGCACCAGAGAUCUCCUACAUUCUGUACUAGUAUUGUUUUUAAGGCAUUUCUCAUGUGAACAUACUUUAAAAAAAAAAAAAAAUGUUACCACUAUUGCAGUACCAUUCUGAGAUCUGAAGAGGAAGUAGGCAGAGGUAACAUCUUCAUCUUCUAUGUUUUGUACUGUGGGGAGAAGAGAGGAAGGAUAUCUAUAGCCAGAGUAUGGCACUUUGAGCCAUUCCAAAAGCUGUCUGACAGACUAGCAUCAUAUCUGUAUGAAUUACUCAUUGGAUUUGUGCAUUCAUAUUAAGAAUGAGCUGUGGGGAAAUGAGUCUGGUGCCAUUAUGCUUGAAUGAACAGGGAUUCCUCAUAGAUUACCUCAGACUUCUGUAGUUUAUUUUUAUUAUGGUUUGCAAAUACUGAAGCAUUAUUCAAGGAAACAUGAUUCUUUCAAAUACAUGAUUCAAGAGGGCACUCUAACAUCAGAUUUAAUGACAAUAAAUUCUGAUUUCAGUUAUUUUUCUUUUCCUAAGUUUGCAUCUAUCUAGAUUUAUGAUGUGGCUACAACCUGUGUGUUUUUUAGAAAUAGCUCAUUUCUGCCAGAAGAGUUCUGGAAUUCUUGAUUAAAAAUGUGGCUUCUGUAUUUAAUUGUUAAAAAAUCACUUCCGUGUGUGAAAGCUGUAAGAAUUAAUCUUCUUGGUAUUUUUUUGUUGGUUAAUCUUCAUUCAUCCUCAUAUCCUUAACUUAAGAAAACAUUAGUUGUUGGUUCUUUCUUCAUUCUGUGUUUUGAUUUCUUCUCUUAUUUCGGCAUUUGCUUUUAUUUUUCAUAGUGUCUUCUCACAGUUUUGAUUAUGUGCUCUCAUAAAUUCUUUUUCUGUAAACUGGUAGCUUUUUUUUUUUAUCAGCAGACCUUACAGGAAGACUAAGUGUUUUGCAGGAAUGUCCUUUUUCUGUGUAGAUUUUUUUUUAACAUGUAUUUAACUUUAAACCCCUUGUUUUAUUUAGCUGUCUGUAUGCUGACACAGCAUGAUUUUUAUUUCCAGUAAAUGAAAGAAAAACACAUCCACCCAUAUGGUUUUUAGACUGAAAAACAGCCUUGGUCUACAACAAUUUGGCUAUUUAGUAGUUUUAAGUACUUAAUUUAGCAUUUUUAUUAUAUUUCAUCACUUGGGAAAUGAACACAGGCCUUUUACCCAUUCAGUAGUUCUUCUCGUUUGGGUUAUUUGUUCAGGUGGGAUUUUUGCUGAUUUCUUUUUCUUAGUAUAAUGUUGGGUUUUCUAUUACAGACUUCGGUUGAAAUGUGGAACUGAUGUUUUUGCUGUGAAUUACUGAGUAGUCCCUGAAAAAUCACUGUAAUACAACUGAGUGAACUACUGUGAUUGGUUUAAAAAAAAAAAAAAUUAAGUGCCAAUUGCUUUACUGGUAAAUGUGAAGGGAUACUUCACAGUUUACUGUAUAUGCUGUGCUCUUUGAAAAUAAAGUAGGUUUUGCAAGACUCUUAUAAAGCUUGUGGAAUAAAGUUUUGAGGUGACUGGAGGUCUUUGCAGUGUCAGAAAUAGAAAAUUAAUGGCUUUCUCCCUGAGGACUGUGGGCUGCUUCUGAGGAAUCCAGAAGUAAUUUAAAGGACUGAUCUACUGUCAGUAAGUUUGCUGCCUGUGGUCUUGUCUUUCCAUUGGAAAAUUUCAGUGUAUUUGAAGUGAACAUUUGAGGGUCACUGAACUAAAAAUAUGGAUUUAGAAAUGGUAUGGACCAAAUGUAUGGACAUGGUCCAUAGAAUGUAUGGACCAAAACGAGUUUAUCAAACCAAGGGGUUUCCUGCCUUCUUUCUGUUGUCCCUUGCUUUGGGCUGUUGAGCCUUGAAUCUCUGCUCUAUGCAAGUGUUUGUACCUCUGUGCAUCUUCUGGUAAGCACUUCAUAUCUGUGUGAGAGCAGGGGGUUUGUUUUUGCGCAUUCCCACUGCUCUCUAAUGAAUUCUAGCUUUGAAAAAUAAAGUGUGAGGAGGGAACACAGGAUGAACAACAAAAAUGGGAGGAAGUUCUGGGAGAGAAUUGAGUGGUGUGGUGUAUAGCCCAAAAUCCAAAGGUCUUCUCUGUCACCAUCACUCUAGCCACCUCAAUGCUGAGUGAUGCUCUUUUUCUAGGACUACGUACCUCUUAUGUAUGUAGUUCAGAGUGCAUGCACAAAUCAAAAUAACUUAUGUCCAAAUGUGCUGUAACUCAAAUUCUCCACAGGGGUCCUCAUCAUUUGUAUCCCGUAUGUUUUAUUGUUUCUUCCUUUUCUUCAGCAUGUGUGGAAGCCAAGUUUAUACUCUGAUUACCUUUGUGCUUAAUUCAUAUGUAAGUUUUGUGAGUAUAAUCAACACCAACUAAGUUUAUUUGCAAACAUAAAUAUCCCCCUGCAUCAGUUCUAUAAAGAUUCUGAGCAAGAACAGAACAGGUAAUGGUCACGAUGUGUGAAUACAAAUGCUGUUUAGUGACAAAGAUGGUCAGAGUCUCCUGCUGCUUCAGUGCUUUAAUUUCAGUUGUCAGUCUGUAUGUCAAGCAAAGUCCAGAGAAUGCAAGGCUAAUAGUAGCAAAGUAGCAUUGUUAUGUGGUAUUUUGAAAGAACUGUGUAUUCUAGUAAGUCUUAAGAUGUUUUUUUUAAUAAAGUAUUACGGAAUAAACAAUAGUGGGGAAAAAAAAAAUACAAGAACAAAAAAUCUCCAGCUCCCUCUGAGUGACAGCAUCACUGAUUUAAAAGGAAACUGCAUUUAUCACCCUGAAAAGACAUAGAAAUGGCUUCCACUAUGAAAACAAUCUCUGGCUUCAGGGGAUGGCUAGUUUUUACCGACGAGAGUUAAGUAUAACGUAAGUUAAAUUCACACUGAUUUAACGAAUGCUUAAGCUUCCUAGAACUGCUACCUUAUUCUUGUAAGCCUCUCAGACAUGCCAUCUAAAUUAGGUUGUUUGCUUAUUCUAAUAAAAAUCCUGAUCAAAUAGAAUUCUUCUGAGGAUUAUUUGUCUGAGUGGAAAAUUAGGCAGUCUAAGCACACUUCCAGGAAACAGGAGACUUGGAUGCUGUCAUAUUUGUCUGGUACUGGUUGCUCUUCCAAAUGAUCUGUAGUGAAUCUCAUGCCUCCUCUUCCUCUGCAUCCCAUAAUGAGUGAUACUCCUGUUGCAGUUCCCAUGGCUCAUGAUGCCCUGAAUUUGGGCUUCCACCUGCCUCUGUGCUCC